AGUCUCAGUGUCAGUCUUCAGUCUGUAACUACGGUUUACUGUUGGUCGGAAGUGCGAUUAUAGCGGAAAAUUAUAAGUAUACCGAUAAAAAUACGGCAUAUAUUAUUUUCCUAAAAGCACACAAAUAUCGUCAGUAUGAAUAAGCAUUGUUCCCUCAAAGAAAACCUUACAAAAUUCGGCCAACAGCAUCUUUUGCAAUACUGGAACGAACUCAAUGAAAAAGAAAGGUGCCUUCUUAUGAAAGAUAUUGAAGAACUUAACUUGGAUGAAGUGAACGAGUUUUUCGAACGUGCAACGUCGUCACUAGAAGAUGGGAGUGCCAAACUAGACGAUAAAAUGAAACCGAUUCCUGAUGACAAUUUUUUAUCUGUUAUCGAAGAAGAUAAAAAACAGCUCGAAUUUUAUAAUCAAGAAGGGCUUAGACAAAUAGCUUGUGGAACAGUCGGUGUGCUACUGAUGGCGGGUGGUCAGGGUACACGAUUGGGAUUUGCACAUCCGAAAGGAAUGUACAAUGUAGGAUUGCCUUCGAAUAAAUCAUUGUUUCGAAUUCAAGCUGAAAGGAUUUUAAAACUUCAAAACCUAGCACGCGAAUCUUCCAACAAAAAUGGCCAUAUAAUAUGGUAUAUUAUGACGAGCGAGCACACCAUGGAACCAACUAAAAAAUACUUUGAGCAAAACAACUAUUUUGGAUUGCAAGCAAACAACAUUUUAAUGUUUGAACAGGGCAGUCUUCCUUGUUAUGAUUUCAAUGGCAAAAUCCUGCUUGAUGAAAAACAUCGCAUAGCAAAAGCACCUGACGGCAAUGGAGGGCUCUACCGCGCAUUGCGUGAUAGUGGCAUCCUUGAUGAUAUGGAGCGACGUGGGGUACUCUAUUUACAUGCUCAUAGCGUUGAUAAUAUACUGAUAAAGGUUGCCGAUCCCGUCUUCAUUGGUUACUGUGUAACACAAAAAGCAGAUUGCGCAGCUAAAGUGGUGGAAAAAUCUCAUUCUAAUGAAGCUGUUGGCGUAGUUUGCCAAGUGGAUGGUAAAUAUCAGGUUGUUGAGUAUAGCGAAAUUACACAAAAAACUGCCGAGCUUAGGAAACCCGACGGCAGAUUAGUUUUCAGUGCAGGUAAUAUUUGCAACCAUUUUUUUACUUCUACAUUUCUUAGAAAAAUUGGUUCUAGUUUUGAGCGAAAGUUAAAGUUGCAUGUAGCAAAGAAGAAGAUUCCUUUUAUAGAUCAUACUGGUUCUCGGUGCUGUCCUGACAUUCCAAAUGGUAUAAAGAUAGAGAAAUUUGUAUUCGAUGUAUUUGAGUUUGCAGAGAAUUUCGUUACGUUUGAAGUAUCUCGAGAUGAAGAAUUCAGCGCAUUGAAAAAUAUGGAUAGUGCAGGAAAAGAUUGUGCAUCUACAGCGCGAACUGACAUUUAUAGGUUGCAUAAAAAGUAUUUGCAAGCUGCGGGCGGUAUCGUGGAAGGUUUGGAGUGUGAAAUUUCGCCUUUGUUGUCCUAUGCAGGAGAAGGUCUCCAAGAAAUUGCACGCGAUAAAAAAUUCGUUAGUCCAGUCCACUUAAUAUCAGACAAGGAAAAUGAUAUAAAUGACUAAAGCAGGGUCUCAACAGAUCAGCUUCUGAAAAAAGACAUUGAUCGCAAUAUAUUUUUAAAACAAUCUAUUCCAUCGAAUUAAUGAUGAGUUAAAACAUUUAGAUAAAAUGUCCAGUGAAAUUAGUUGACAUAUAGAGCCUUAGGAGAGAAUAAUACUGCCUAUCUUUUCUGUUACUAUGCAAUAAUGAAAUAGACACCAGACUAAAUCGAAAGUUGAAUACCAUGUGGCUUGACUGGUUUUAAAGAAUGUCGUAACAAAGCGCGUAGCGCAGCUCAUUUCCCGUCAGCCUUGAAUAUCGUCGCGUCACUUGUAACAUCUAAAAGAUCUGUAUCGUGAAACGAAAUAAAGAUUUUUCAUAUUUUUUAACUAUGUAUUAUAUUUAUGACUAUGAAUAAAAAUAUCUAAA